CAGUGUAUGAUUUAAUAAAUUAAAAAAUAAAUAUAUUUUCCCGAAAGGAAAAGGGAAAAGGAAAGGAAAGAAAAUAUUUUUGGGAAAUCGGAAGACGUUUUCCAAUUGUCCGUGGUGUUUCCUGGUGCUUUAUUCCUCCUCUCAGGAAUGAAGCAGAUCGAGAAUGGGGAAUCGUUUGUAGUUAGUGGGGUUUUUUAAAAUUUCAUAUGCAAAAUUGGUUGUAUGGACAUUUAUGUUGGAAUUAUCCAGAAAUUUUCAAUUUAUGUUUCUCUCUUCGAUUUGAUUAGAUUUGACGAUUAGGAGUUGGUUUGGUUGAGGAAUUCUGAUCGUGUUUUUGUGGACUGAAUUUGUGUGAUUCCGUUUUUUUGGCGAAUUUGUUUUAUGUGCGAGGAACAGAUGGUAAGGGGAGGGAAGGUUGGUAGUAGGAAGAAUUUCAAGAAGAAAUUUCGACCGAAAGAUAAGGGUUCGGAUGAUUCUGAUGAGGAUUAUGUUGUUUCCAAUGAUGAAAAUGGAGUUUCUGAGUUUUCUGAUGAAGAUAAUUGCUCCUAUUUAGACGCUAAUGCGUCGGGAGAGGAUAACUUUGUUGUGGAGGAGGAGGAGGUGGAGGAGCAACAACUGAAUAAGGUGAGGAAAGGAGUCAAACCAAAGGUUGGAAACACUUUUGUUUCAGGUAAAGGAAGGAAGAAAAACGGACGAAAGAGGCGAAGAUUUAGUUAUCAAGAAGAAGAAGAAGAUGACGGGGACGAGGACGAUGAGGAUUAUAGUAUAGAUAACGAUAACGAUUAUGAGGAGGAGGAGGAGGAGGAGGAGGAGGAGGAGGAGGAAGAAGAAGAAGAAGAAGAGGAAGAAGAAGUUGAGAUUGGGAUUGAAGAUGAGGAUGAGGAAGAACCGCUUGUUAGAAAGAAAGCAACCAAUAGGAAACGGGGUCGACAAGGGGUGUGGAAAAAUACAGUUGGCAAGGUUUGCAAAAAGAGGAAACCAAAGGCUGCAAAGAAGCCUUCAAGGAACAAACGAAGAAAGAAGAGUGAAACGGUUAGAAGCUCAGAGGAUGAUGAUGAUGAUUUUUCGGAGAACGACGUUGUAGUAAAGAAUACGAGAAAGAAAAGGAGUGUUUCAAAGCGGAAGAAUCAUGUUGGUCAAUCAGAUUUAGAUACUUUUGUUUCCGGGUCAUCGGAUUAUGAAUAUACCAUCUCUGAAGAAGAGAGAGAGCAGGUGAGAGAAGCAGAGAAGUUGUGUGGUAAUUUGAGAAAUCGAGCAAGGAUGGUACCUUCACCCUCAAGGAUUGAGGAAUCUGAACUACGCCAACCGAGAAAACCUCGACCUCCUGUUAGGAAAGGGAAAGAGAAAAUGGAGGAAGUCAAGGCUGAGGUGAUAAAGCAAGUAUGCGGGAUAUGCCUAUCGGAAGAGGAUAAGAGGAGAGUUCGGGGAACGCUUAACUGUUGUUCUCACUUUUUUUGUUUCUCUUGUAUUAUGGAGUGGGCAAAGGUUGAAUCACGAUGCCCUUUGUGCAAGCAGAGGUUUCAGACAAUUAGUAAGCCUGCAAGAUCUGCUGCUGGAAUUGACCUAAGAGAAGUCGUCAUACAGGUUCCCGAGCGUGAUCAGGUCUAUCAACCAUCUGAGGAAGAAUUGAGGAGUUAUCUGGAUCCAUAUGAGAACGUAAUCUGUACGGAGUGUCACGAAGGUGGCGAUGAUAAUCUAAUGUUACUGUGUGAUCUAUGUGACUCACCAGCGCACACGUAUUGUGUCGGUCUUGGUAGAGAAGUACCAGAAGGGAAUUGGUACUGUGUUGAUUGUACAAUCCUUGCUCAGGGAUUAGCAAGUCCACAGCCUCCUCCAAACCGACUGUCUGAUCGAAGAACAACCAACAAUUUGUUUAACCGAAGUUUCCCCGUUGCGAAUCGGGAUGGUUUAGACUUGAAUUCUCUAUCAUCACCUCGUACGCCAAUGACUCAAGGAUUUGGAAACAUCCCAUCUCCUAGAAUACCUGUGGAGGUGCAAUCAACUUCUCCCAUGUCUCAAGCAGUUGCGCCGACUCUUGUACGAAGACGAAUUCUUCGACUACACAUCAAUCACAUGCGCUCUUCAAAUCAAAUGGGGUUAGUAAACAACAGGACUGAGGGUGUUUCUGCUGCUGCUGCUGCUAGUUCUUGUGGUGGAGCUACCAUAAUGGGUCAAGAAACGGCAAUGGCAAGCCAAAGUUUGUUUGGGGAGAGCUUAUUACAUGACAAUCCAUCUCCAUUGAUGCAACAUGGAGUUUUUCUUCGCUCCGAAACAACAAGUCAUUUGUCUGUGCAAGUAAUACAAGAUCCUCACCUUAGCAUGAUGUCUAUAGAUAGAACCAGCAGCAAUGGAACAAUUUUCAACACUUGGAGAGGAGGAUUCGAAGGUGAAAAUUCGACGACUGUUGAUCGAAAUUUGAAUGGGACAUUGUGGCAUGAGCUUGCAGGAGUGAAUUUGCUAUCGAACUGCGAGACGAUUCAUGAAUACAGCAAUAUAUUGAAUACAGGCUCUGAUAGCAGUUCAUGCCCCACUCGGGUCGGAGACGAGAAAGAUUAUUGUGCAGCAAGAGAGCAUCUACAACCCAUGAUUGAAAGUCAUUUGAAGAAUUAUUUAUCCAUAGAUGUUGAUCUAGCAGGUCAGAGCACAGCAAACGAGAUCGCAACUAAAGCAGCUGGUACGAUCUUAGCAGCAUGUGGAUUCAAAAACUCAAUAAACGAGGCUUGUAGAGCAACACCACCAUCCCAAUGCUCUCACAUUGAAUUGUCAUUGGGAGAGGAGCAAAGAAGCCUUAUAAAGGGCCUCUGCUCGGCUUGCUUCGACUCGUAUGUUCGGGAUGUAGUGAAGAAGUUUACGGACGAUGCAUCGUGGUUAGAUCUCACGCUAUAGGGGGAUUGCUUGCUUAAAGCAGGCUGCAUUUUACCACCCUAUAGGUUGUUGGCUUGUCCAUAGAAUUGAAUUCACUGACAUUUAAAUCAUAGUUUUAUUGCUACAGCCACAUGUGAUUUCUCAUUAUUGAAGAAAUGAAGCUAUUAAAGAAGUUACUUUUGUCAAA